AAAAUGUGAGGAAGGAACGUUAGGAAGAAAGGCAUUAAGUCGUUUAAGAAAAUGGAAACAGAAUGACAUAAUGCCCGGAUCUUAAUUGUCUAACAAAUAGAAACAUUGUACACCACUGAUGGUAUCAUAAGGGGGGUCAAGAUACGUUGGUUUAUGAAUUAGUUCGACCUGUCACUUUACUAUAAAAUGGCUGUCGAGUUGUUGUGACAUCACAGUGCAAUUUUCGUUCAACAACACAACAGAAAUGUUCGCUCUACAGACAUAUAUUAUAGCCGGAGUAGUGGCAGCGAGUGUCGCUCAACAACAGGAACAAUGGAUGCCUUACAACAGUAACUUUAAUUACCAAUCACAAUUACCAUACGAUCAACAGUUUCAGCCAAGCGAUUACUCCGGUAACUUCGAUUUUGGUGGUCAAGGACUAUCUGAGCAUGGGGAUUAUGGUGGAGAACACGGUGGUCAUGACUUAAAAUCUUACUCUUACCCUGUCCACCAGCACAUAGAGGAAGAGAAUCCUGAGCCUAUUAAACACUACAAAGAAGUCGUUGUCCCAAUUCCUAAGAAUGUAGAAUUCAAAGUUCAUCAACCAGUUUUGAUUCCGGUGCCCCAUCCCGUUCCAAUCCAGGUUCCAGUGCCUAAAGCAGUUGUCAUUCCCAUCAUAAAAGAAGUUUCAAUUCCCGUAGAGAAAUCUGUACCUUACCCCGUUGAAAAGACGGUCCAUGUUCCCAAAAUCAAGGAAGUGCCCUUCCAAGUGAUCAAGCAUAUCAUUGUUCCCGUGGAAAAACCAGUUCCCUUUAAAGUACCCGUGUAUGAAACUAUUAUACACACAAAGAAGGGAUCUCACAAGAUCUAAUUUUAUUUAAAUCUUUGUUCUUGUCAAACCCCUCUUCUCAUUAUCUGGUUUCACAAACUUGGUCAAUAUUUUUUCCAUUCUUAUGUAUCCACCGUAUCAUUAUUUUAUUUUUAUUAAGUUUUUGGUGUGUUUGGAAUCUCGUUUGUUUGUUCCCGUGCGAUUGUGUUGUAAAUAUUUUUUAUUAGAUAUAAGUGUUAUUAAAAUAUUUGUUACAAUAUAAA